ACAGGCAACGCACGUGGCGCAUUCCAAAGUUAACAGAAGAAAAUAUUUGAGAUUUUUCUCAUACGACGCGCGUUUUUUCAACAAACUGUUGUGAUACAUAUUUAAAUAAUUGUUAUCAACAAUAUAUUUCUUGAAAUAAUUAUUUAAUUAUGGCCGAGGAAGUGCCUGCCAGGGGCAGCAUAUUGGGCAAACUCGUGCCCGCACGCUAUGUGCUCGCAAUUCUCGGAUCCAUUGGCAUGGCCAUUGUCUAUGGAUUGAAGGUGAAUCUGAGUGUUGCCAUGGUUGCCAUGGUGAAUCACACGGCCAUACAUCUAAUGCAGGAGGAGGGAGUCAAGCAUACGAUUAGCAAUGUCUCGACUAUCGCCCAAAAUGUUGUAGAAGAAUGUCACCCACCAGGCGAUGUUAGCAAUGUGACAGUCAAGGUUGAGAAUGGACCCUUCAAUUGGAGUGAACCACUGCAGGGUACCCUUUUGAGCUGUUAUUUCUGGGGCUAUCUCGUCUCACAGAUUCCGUUGGCCCAUGUGGCUGAGAACUUCUCCGCCAAGUGGGUCAUGUUGUUCUCAGUGGCAAUUAAUGUGAUUUGCACCCUGCUGACUCCGGUCUUUACGUCCGCCCAUUAUGGCGGUUUGAUUGUGAUGCGUGUGUUGGAGGGCAUCGGAGGAGGAGCUUCUUUUCCGGCCAUGCAUGUAAUGAUUGCCUCUUGGGCACCACCCAGCGAACGUAUGGUCAUGUCCACCAUCAUCUAUGUGGGCACCUCAGCUGGCACUGCACUCUCCAUUCUUAUGUCUGGUGUUCUUUCCGCCUCCCUCGGUUGGGAAUCGAUUUUCUAUGUGAUGGGCGCCCUCAGUUGCAUUUGGAUGGCAUUGUGGAUUGUUCUCAUUCAGGAUAAUCCCAAUAAGCAGCGUUUCAUUAGUCCCGAGGAACGCCACAUGAUCACCAGCUCUCUGGGCACCGAAACAAAGGUCGAACAUCAUCCGAGGGUGCCAUGGGGAAAGGUCUUCACAUCGGUGCCAUUCUGGGCUAUCCUGAUUGCUCACACUUGCAACAACUUUGGAUGGUACAUGUUCCUCAUCGAGAUUCCAUUCUACAUGAAGCAGGUGCUCAAGUUCAACGUGGCCAGCAAUGCGGCCCUCAGUGCUUUGCCCUAUUUCCCGAUGAUCAUUUUCAGCAUAUUCCUGGGCAAAAUGUUGGACACACUGCAGUCGAAAGGAAAAAUAAGCACAACCAUUGCCAGGAAAACGGCCACUUCGAUUUGUACUGUCAUUCCGGGCAUCUGUCUGCUCAUCCUGUGCUUCAUUGGCUGUCGUCAUUAUGAGGCCGUCUCCAUCAUGUCCGUGGGCAUUGUUGCCAUGGGCGCCAUGUUCUCCGGCUUCCUCUCCAAUCACAUUGAUAUUGCACCCAAUUUUGCUGGCACUUUGGUGGCUCUGACCAACACAGCUGCUACUGUGCCUGGAAUUAUAGUUCCCAUCUUCGUUGGCUUCGUUACACAUGGAAAUCAAAAUAUCGGUGCCUGGCGCAUUAUCUUUGGGGUUACAAUUGUUCUGUUUAUUCUGGAGUUCCUGGUCUUUGUCAUCUUUGGAUCGGGCGCUGAACAGCCAUGGAAUCGUUCAGGUGCUAAAGAGGAAACCGAAGCUAAGGAUGAGAAGACACCGCUUAAGGAUAACGUACCAAUGAAGCCAUAAAAUUAGUAAUCUCGUUUCAUGAUCAACCAUACUACAAAAAUGUCAACCGAUCAUUUGAUUUAAAGAGCCAAGCACAAAAUACUUAGUCGCAAUGUCGCACUGGACUGUAAAUACCAAUACCAAUUAUAGUUAUUAGUUCUCUAUAUUUACUAAGUACACUCGUAUCUGUGCGUCUAUGGACAUCCCUGAAUCCUUCAUUGUUUCAUGUACUUAACCUUCCGAAAAUGUCCCACAAAAAGUUAUCUGCCUAAAGACAAACCAAAUAAAAUGAUAUCUUAGAAAAACUCAAAAAUCUUAACUU